AAAGCUGGUCGAGGAGGAGAGAAGUGCUCGGUGUGGGUGAGUGAGAUUCCUGCUCGAGUUGGACUUUAAUCCCUGCGAUUUUUACCCGAACGGAGGACACACACGAGGCGCCGUCAGCAUGGGCAGAGUGCAAGGAGCCACGAAAUGCGUGAAAUACCUGCUUUUCUUCUUCAACUUUAUUUUCUGGCUCUCCGGUUCAGUGGUGUUAGCUGUGGGACUGUGGCUUAGGUUUGAUCCUAGUACAACUUCUUUACUGGAAAAUGGAGCUCCCGAAACGUUCUUUUUUGCUGUAUAUAUUUUAGUUGGAGCAGGAGGAAUCAUUAUGCUUGUGGGUUUCUUCGGGUGCUGUGGAGCAGUGAGGGAGUCACAGUGUCUUCUGGGAUUGUUUUUUUCCUGUUUACUGAUCAUUUUUGGUGCACAAUUGGCUGCAGGAGUUUUUGGCCUCUUGAACAAAGAUAAGAUCGUUGAGGAGGUUAAAAACUUUUACAAUGAAAAAGGCAAUGACACAGUCACCAGCUUGUACCGUCAAAUUCUAUGCUGUGGAGGCUCAGAGGAAAGUUCUGAAAAGACCUUGUGUUCUGAUGGUAAUACUAAGGAUUGCAUCAAAGCAAUAGAGGAUUUUUUCAAUGAGAAACUCAGCAUCAUUGGAUAUGUGGGUGUUGGCAUUGCAGGGAUCAUGAUCAUUGGAAUGAUCUUCAGUAUGAUUCUAUGCUGCGGUAUUCGGAAAAACAGAGAAGUCAUAUAGCUGCUCACAGGCCACUGCCAUAAUUUCCUGUCCUGACCUCACUGAGCCAACACAUUUACAGGCUUUGCAUAGAGUAGUGUAAAGAUAUUGUUGCAGUUUUCUCAUUUUUUUUGUUUCUUGUGUUUGUGCUGCAUUGCCACUGCAUUGAUUCUGAGUGUAACUGAAUUAACAAUUGUAUUAUUUUGGGGACCAGUCACGAUCGCAACCUGAAUUUUACGACCAGUUUAAAUAUUAUCAUGCAAAGAAAGAAUGCCUGGACAGCAUUCUCUACUCUUCCUCCUACUGUGCAUUACAGAAGAGGACUAAGUGUAAAUAGUGUAUGUAAAGAACAGAUACUACUUGCUUUCUGUUGAUGCCAUGGAUUUUUUUUAAGUGUGCAAAUGUCCAUCUUUACUGUAGUACUGUAUUGUUUAGUUUAAGAAUAUAAGUAAUGCUCUGGAAAUGUUUUAGUGGUUUUGAAAGCAAUUAUUUCCAAAUGAAGAUAAAUUGCUAAAUCCUGAUAUGAAGAUUUCAACAGCAGCACAGUAUUGUGUGGUGUGGCAUGAACAUGUACCAUUUACACUGACAUUAAACACCCAACUUAUUUGUGUCCUUUAAA